ACUACUACAGCGGUCGCGGUGGAAUCGACAACGAACAACCGCAACAACCCGCGAAGUUCCGUAGACUUCCGUUCAUUUAAUCGCCUCUCAUAUUAUUAUUAUUAUUAUUAUUGCGACUCCGUAUGUACCUUCUCUGGCAGGCGGAAUACUUGCGCCACACGACAGUGCGCCUGUAGCACACACAGCGCGCACGCCACUUCCCGAGGGACACGCCGUAUUACGUUACCUAUGUUAUUCGUCAUUUGUACCACCGUCGAAAAAUAUUAGCCAUUACGUUUUCGUCGAUCCGUGGACACGCGAUACACAUCGAUCAGUAUCACACGCGUUUCCGUCACUCGCGUUGCUACUUUACACGUCCGACUAACCGCGCGCACUAAUGACAAUAAUUAUAAUAUCGCCGUGUUGUUAAAUACGUAUCAUUGUGUUACGUCGACCCGGAAUGAACACCGACUGAUUUGUGUACGACAAAACGACCGGUAUCUAUUUUUAUCAUACAUCGCUGAAUGCGUCGUUGGCGCGUCAUUUUUCGACUCCGACCGGUCGGUUGACACUUAGGAGUUCCUUACGGUUUUAUUUAUUCGACUUCGCAGUUUUUUUUUUAAUGACUUGAAUUGCACGGAGAUCUGGCGUGCAUUUUUCCUCAUUUUUCGUUUCUCCUGUUUAUGUAUUUUUUUCACACGACUAACAAGCCUACAACGUGCCACACAACGCUACAGCAACACUGUUUGGAGAAUUCGUAAAAUAAAAGUUCAUGAUGCAUCCAGAAAUGCCCAUUAGAUUGACGGAGCGACGUCCUCCAUUGGAAACCCAGCAGUCAACGAUAUGGACUAGGCGUCAACAAGCUGUAUGCGUGAGACGAGCUUAUAAGAAAUAUGGACAAAGCUCCAAUCCACACGUCAUACUUGACGGACUCAAUAUGACGGUUCCAAAAAGUUCCAUAUAUGGUCUAUUGGGAGCUAGUGGAUGUGGAAAAACUACAUUGUUAAGUUGCAUCGUUGGGCGAAGAAGACUGAACGCGGGAGAAAUAUGGGUUUUGGGUGGUAAACCAGGAUCGGCUGGUAGUGGCGUUCCGGGGCCACGUAUUGGAUAUAUGCCUCAGGAAAUCGCGCUAUACGGCGAAUUUACGAUACGAGAAACUAUGCAGUUUUUUGGUAUGGUAAAUGGCAUGACUCCGAAGCAAGUGGACGAUAAAAUAGAAUUUUUGCUCAAAUUUUUACAGUUACCGUCGGCUAGUCGAGCGGUAAAAAAUUUAAGUGGUGGUCAACAACGAAGAGUUUCCUUCGCUGCGGCACUGUUGCAUAAUCCCGAAUUACUGAUCUUGGAUGAACCAACCGUUGGUGUUGACCCAGUUCUUCGACAAGGAAUUUGGGAUCAUUUAGUUCAUUUGACCAAGGAAUGCGGAACAACUAUUAUUGUAACAACUCAUUACAUCGACGAGACUAGACAAGCACACAUGAUUGGCUUAAUGAGAGGUGGUAAAUUUUUGGCUGAAGAAUCACCAGCAUCGUUGUUACAAAAAUACAAUUGUCAGUCACUAGAAGACGUUUUUCUAAAACUUAGCGUCAUUCAAAACCGUGGAAAACGAAGGCGUAGCAGCAUUUUACACGAUAUAACAGCUUCCAUCGCUGUACCGGAAACUUCACCUGUACCUGCAGUCGAAGCCCUGAACUCAAUAUGUGAUAACACGUCAGAAAUGAGCGGAGAAUUCGGGGAUAGCAUAAGUCCUGUACCACUAAGUAAGCGUAUGUCUAUAUGUUCAAUGCAAUUAAACAAUUCGGAAAUGGAACUCCCACCGGAGGCAGAAAUAAAAAUGACUCUUUUCGAUCGGUGCAAACUGUACCAGUCACAUCAUAUGCGAGCAUUGAUAUGGAAAAACUUCCUAUGGAUGUGGAGGAAUGUUGCGGUAAUGAUGUUUAUUAUCGGACUUCCAGUCGCCCAAAUCGUUUUGUUUUGUCUAUCGGUCGGAAAAGAUCCAUACGGUUUGCACUUGGCUAUUGUCAACCAUGAAACCAAUAACAAAACGUGUCCUCCAAUUGGAUCUUGUGAUUUAACUCAGCUCAGUUGUCAGUUUCUACAUCAGAUUGAAAUACGUCGACAAGUAUUAGACUAUUUUGAUACCGAAGAAUCUGCUUUUAAAGCAGUUAAAUUGGGUAAGGCGUGGGGCGCUUUAUCUUUCACGACCAAUUAUUCGGCGUCACUGAGAGAACGCAUAGAAGAAGGGCAACAAGCAACGGAUUUGAUACUAGAUGACAGUAUUGUAUCCAUAUGGCUCGAUGAAUCUAAUCAGCAGAUAUCUAUGCUGCUUCGGCGUGAUCUUCUAUUUGCAUUUCAAGAUUUUGCUUCAUCAUUGGCAGAUUCUUGUAACAUUAGUUCAAAAGUUGUGUCGACACCAAUACGAUUUAACCAUCCGAUAUACGGUCCUUAUGUACCAAACUUUACAGAUUUUGCAGCUCCAGGAGUCAUACUCACGAUUAUAUUUUUCCUAGCAGUUGCUUUAACUUCAGGUGCUAUGUUAAUUGAAAGAAAUGAAGGCAUAUUAGAAAGAAGUUUGGUUUCAGGUAUUACCGGGAUUGAAAUACUUUUGGGACAUGUUGUGUGUCAACUUUUGAUCAUGGUAUUCCAAUCAUUAAUGGUUAUAGCAUUCGCACUAGUAAUUUUUGAUGUUACUAAUGAAGGUGACGUGUUUUGGAUAUGCUUGUUAACAAUACUGACCGGAUUGUGUGGCAUGUGUUUCGGGUUUGUCGUCUCUUGUGUAACUGACAGCGAGAGGAACGCGACGUAUUUGGCUAUGGGCAGUUUUCUACCUAUUGUAAUGCUUUGCGGUAUAAUAUGGCCAGUGGAAGGAAUGCAUACGGUGGUGAAAUCCAUUAGUUUUGUAUUGCCAUUAACGCAGUCGACAGAAUCGAUGAGAUCAAUGUUGGCAAGAGGUUGGCCAAUCACAGAACCUUCCGUAUACAUAGGUUUCUGUUCCACAUUAAUAUGGAUUUCUGUAUUCCUCACAUCAAGUGUACUGUUGAUUAAAUUUAAAAAAGGAUAGUUCAUAAAAUAUUAUUUUUUCAUUGCAUAUAAUGAUCUACAAAAAACCUACAAAAAAGUUAAUUGAUAACAAUAUAUUUGUUACUACCAUAUUAUAGAGUUCCUUGUAUAUUAUGUUCAAAUUAUACAUAUCAAUAUAACUCUGGGGAAACGGCGGGUACUUGAUUGUAACAAUUUUAUUUUUUGAAGGUGGUUUAUCAGUAUUAUUUAAAUUACUAUUGAUACUUCAACGGUAACUUAUAAUUAAAUAUUUUAAGCAAUUCUUGAAAGGUAAAUGAUUGAGCCUUUAAUCUAUGUUGUUGAAUUGUACUCGAAGUAAAAUCAAAUGUAGUACACUAAAAAUUUAAAAUUUUAUUACAUUUAGAUGACUUAUUCUUUAUUUGGAUUAUUUGGUAAGCUUUUUAUAACUCUAUUGUAAAUAUUAGAUAUCUAU